AUGAAUGCCCUAAAAUAUUUUUCGAAUCAUUUAAUAACUGCAAAUAAACCUAAGAAAACAAUAAAUGUUGAGGUGACAAAGGUCCAAGACUCACUUAGUGCUUCAAAUGGGACUUUCGAUACACGUGCCAGUAACAUUGAAAACGAUCACACCGUCAAAGCGAAACAUCUGCGCAGCUCUUCCACAGAGGGUUCCAACGAAUCCAAGCAAGAUGAAAAAUACAACGGUCCUGUUUCGACAAAGCCAAAAGCAUUAUCUCGUAUUUUAAAAGAGAAAAUUGCGUCAAUUCUAUGGGCAAUACUACUUUUCCUUCCAUAUUACUUGAUAAUUAAACCUUUGAUGUCUUUAUGGUUCGUUUUUACCUUCCCAUUAAACGUGAUCGAACGUCGUGUGAAACAUACUGAUAAGAGGAAUAAGGAAUCAGGCGAUAGUGGGCAUGAGUCGUCUACAGAUUCAAGUCAUAGUGGUGAUUUCAAUGAGAAACAAGAUGCUGAAAAUCGGAAUCUAAACACAAUUCCUGAAAUAGUGGAAGAUGAUUUGAACGCUGGUGAUGAGAUCAUUCUACAAAGAGAUAAUGUUAAAGGUUCAUUAUUAAAGGCUGCAGAUGACGCACAAUCAGCCAAAUCAAAAUCAAGAAGGUACUCUAAAUCCGAAACAUCACUUACCAAUCAUUCAACUGCUAAUGCCGUAUUUGGCACAAAACGUAUGGGAAGGUUUUUGUUUCCGAAAAAGCUCAUACCUAAAUCAAUAUUAAAUACACAAAAGAAAAAGAAAUUGGUUAUAGACCUUGACGAGACCUUAAUUCAUUCCGCUUCUCGAGGUACAACACAUAGUAAUUCUUCUCAGGCUCAUCUAGUGGAAGUAAAGUUUGGAAUAAGCGGAAUUUCUACAUUAUAUUUUAUUCACAAGAGACCCUAUUGUGAUUUGUUUUUAACAAAAGCUAGUAAAUGGUACGACCUUAUUAUUUUUACAGCAUCAAUGAAAGAAUAUGCUGAUCCUGUGAUAGAUUGGUUAGAAGGCUCCUUUGCAGCUAGUUUUUCGAAGAGAUAUUACCGUUCAGAUUGUGUUUUGAGGGACGGUGUUGGCUACAUCAAAGAUCUAAGCAUUAUCAAGAGUUCUGAAGAAAAUGGGAAAGGCAGUCCUCUGUCUUCUUUGGAUGACGUAAUUAUCAUAGAUAACAGUCCCGUAAGUUACGCGAUGAAUGUAGAUAACGCAAUUCAAGUAGAAGGUUGGAUAAGUGACCCGACGGAUACGGACCUACUAAACCUAUUGCCAUUUUUGGAAGCUAUGAGAUACUCAACCGAUGUCAGGAAUAUACUGGCACUGAAACAUGGAGAAAAGGCAUUCAAUAUGAACUAG